CCUCCCUUCACAUUCCCUCCACCCACCAUCUCCACCUUUCCUCCGCCGUAACGCCGCCGUCCGUACAACCAACAACGAAAAAAUCAACAAAAAUGGAGUCUUUAACAACCAGAAGGCCAUAUUUUCUGGAGGAAAAUAAUGGGUUAGCGUCAAUUUCGGAUUUUGAAAGUGGGUUUUCGUCAUCUCCGUCGUCGUCGGCGGAGGAGAACCACCGUGCCGGAAACGGAAACCACCUGAUCUUGCGACCGUUAUACUCGCCGAGAAAAGCGAGUAUCGGAAACUUGUCUUCUCCGAGAUCUGGGAGGUUUAAUCAUGGGAGAUUUGAUGAACAACCUCAUUUUUUGGAUGCUUGUUUUCUUUGCAAGAAAAUGUUGGGGCAUAAUAGAGAUAUCUUCAUGUACAGAGGGGACACACCAUUCUGUAGUGAAGAGUGUAGAGCAGAGCAGAUCGACAUUGAUGAAGCCAAAGAGAAAACAAAGCAUCUUUCUUCUUCAAUGAGAGCUUUGAGGAAGAAAGAACAGAGUGAAACUUCACCAAACAAAACUUCCAAGAAAUACUCUUUUCAUUCUGGUGCAGUUGCUGCUGCUUAACCAGUAAUUUCAUCAUAAUAUGAGGGGUAAAAAGGGAAAUUUUGUCCACUUAUGUAUGUGGGUGGUUCUGAUAGAGCCAGUUUUUAUUUUUUAUUUAUUUUUUACUUUUUUAUAAUUAUUAUCGCCUACUGGGUUUUUUACCGUGGUAAAAAAAUGUUGAUGUAUAAGAAAUAUAAAGAAAAGAGAACAAAGGCUUUUAAAAAGCCCUUUAUGGUUUAUGCCA